CUAGAGAGCGAAAGUUACUGGUCAAGUAAAUUUGUUGUAUUUGUUAACUUGCUCUGUAAUUUUUUUAAUUUUAGUAAAAAAUUAGUGACUAUUUUGUUUACAAUAACAAUAUAUCGAAAAUUUUGUAACUAUUGUUUCAUAUUUGUAAAUAAUUGUCCAUUAAUAAAGUGUUUUUAACUCAAGUGACUUAUUCUUAAAAAUCAAUCACAUUUUCUAACCUCAAAAAAUGUCUGACGAGGAAUUCGAAGCUGACGAUAUCGCUGACGAUUUUGAGGAUGAUAUUGAAUUGGAGAAUAAGGAGGAUGAAGGAGAAACUUUUGAAUUACUUACCGCAGGAGGAGAAGAUGGUUCUGGAGGUGUUGAAACGUCGAAACGAAUAACAACAAAAUAUAUGACAAAGUACGAGAGAGCUCGAGUUUUAGGAACGCGAGCCCUGCAAAUUGCAAUGUGCGCUCCGGUUAUGGUCGAAUUAGAAGGAGAAACUGAUCCAUUACAAAUUGCAAUGAAGGAAUUAAAGCAGAGAAAAAUUCCAAUUAUCAUUCGUCGCUUUUUACCUGAUAACAGUUAUGAAGAUUGGGGUAUUGACGAACUAAUUAUAACUGAUCUUUAGAAAAGAAAACAUAAUUUUAAGUUAACUUUUAAAUUUAAGAUCCAUUCCGACAGUGAGAAUAUGUUUAUAAUUUUUGUAGACACAAAAUAAAUAUUUAGUUUAAAUAUAUUUAAAUAAACUUUGUUUAGAAUUUAA